GAAAUUUUUGGCACAACCGGCACUGCCACACGUCUUCCAACCCGGAUGCUGGCGCUAAAAGUGCAUUUUAUUCCAACACAUCUAUUUCUUUUCUCCCGAGUUUUUUCCUUGACGAGAAUGCUGCCAUGUCUAAGCCAGCGGAUGAAUACAGUGACACGCAAUAGCCAUACAAUUUUCAGCGUGGUAACCUGAUGGAGGCUAAUAUUCCUCUCUUUCUCUGGAUGAUUACUAUUUAUCCCGCGCAGCUGUUGCGCAAGACGCGUGUGCAGUGUGCGGUGCACGCCUAAUACCGCAUCAUCAUCAUCUUCCAAGGGGAGACUGGCCCACGGAGUAUAAGGCUUGUAAUACCGCAAGCCCAAAAGGAGAGGAGAAAGGCCAAUCUUGACAGCUGCAAUCUGCAGGUUGACGAGUUCCCACUGUAGACGGUUUUACACGGCACACAUAUCAUCACAUAUACGGCAACGGCGGCCCGGGAAAUCAGUAAUAUUGCUCCCAUGUUGCCGGAACGCGGAACGGGAUCUUUAAGGAUGCCGGUGGCCCUGAAUUUUCUCGAUCUGGCGGAGCCACGUUUGGCCGACAAUCUGAAGCAGAAUGGGGAAACUCUGGUCAAGUUCAUCGGUGUCCUUGGAGAAUAUCUCCAAAAAAGCGCUGCUUUAUACGAACAACAUGGAGAAGAACUUAAAUCGCUCGCCACACAAGGACGCCAACAGCUCCAAAAGCUCGCCAAUGAUGGAGAUUAUCUGAUACCAAGUUUAUUGAAAACAUGGGAUCAGAUGCUCAAUUAUACUGCCAUCAGCGGAGAGGAAUGUGUGGAUUUAUCCAACAAGAUAUCCUCCGACAUUGUAAUCCGAUUGUUUAACAGCACAUCACACCGUAAAGUGCAAACACAGAAGCUCUUCGAGGAACGAUCAACAUUAGAAUCGGUGAUCAAUCAAGCAGAAGAACAGUUUUAUCAGGCACAGAAAAACUACGUCGAAGCAUACAGCAACUUUCUUUUGUCAAAUGGCGAUCGCGCUGCAGAUUCCCAAACAAAAUCCCGCUAUUUGAACGCUCACAAUGCAUACGUCCUUCAGCUUCACCGCUAUAAUAGUUUAAUGGAAGACUUUCAAAACAAUAUACUGCCCCAGUGGUUCCAGGAAGUGGAAAAUAUGUACACUGACGUUUAUUCAGUUUUAUGCACCUCCCUUAUUGAUCUCAAUCAGCGUCAGGGUAUUAAGACUGUUAACGAAAGUAAGCGCUGUGAAGAGAUAAUACAAAUGGCUAAACAAGUCGACAGCAAAACCGAUCUGAUUAUGUUUGCGCGCGGACUGGAUACGGUCGGAAGUCCGGUCGGGCGAGGAAAACGCUUUGAAUUUCAGCCCCCUGCGCAUAGUGCUCAGGACGGCCCAAAGGACGAAAUUGUCAUGGAUAAUUUUACCACUAAAAAUGUGCGCUCUUUACUGGAAACCCUAGCCGACGAGGAAGGAGCCCUGGAGGGACAGCUGAAAAAGCAAUACCAGAUUCUAAAUGAUCUCUUGAGUGCUCAACAGAAACAUAUGGAAAUGCACCUGUACAGCAAAGUUUCGGCUGUUCAGGAGGAAAUCAGCGAAACACGCAAGAUAAUCCGCACUUUGAAGAUAAAGAUAUCGGCCGUCCAUGGGCAGUUAUGUAUCCUGGAUGGACGGUAUGCUUCGCGUCGCUCGUCGGUUGGAUACAUUAAUCCAGCUGAUUUACCAGAACCCGUUAUGAGCAAUGCCGGCAUGAAAACCAAAUGGAAGCGAGCGUUUUUCAAUCUCAAGCGCAAUGGUACACUGAAGCAUAAGGAAUCUCUUGAGCGGAUCCCACAAGAAUAUGUCGGCAGUAUAAGUGACAGCAAACUGCGACCUGGUGGACAAAAAAGCCCAAGGCUCCGUCGAAAUUUGUUCAACCGUUCAGAUCCACUGGGUAACGAUCUAAUUGGUUCAUCCAAGACUUCUUUGGUACAAGACGCCAGUUACAAAGCAGCAAUCGGAAAUGGCGAUGAUCGCGACAUGGAUCCCGUUUAUUUGCUGCUAAAGAAAGGAGCAAAUUUGAAUAGCAAACCGCGACCGGAUGGGAGCGAUAGCGGCUUCAGUUCGGAAUAUAGGAGAUCAACGCCCAGAUCCAGCAAUGAUACCCUUCCCAGUACAUCUGGCGCAGGAAACACCACAUCUUCAAGACGGUUAAUUGAUCGCAGAAACAGUUCCAUGUCAGAACCGGAAUCAACAACAGCACAAGUUAGAGCCCCAAUGCUGAAUGCGCGAAUGAAGAGCAUAUCGCUGGAUAAUGAACCACCGCAAGAACUUAUCCAGGGUCGUAAAGGGAAGCCGGCGCUGGAGCGAGGAAAUAGCACUGUGGCAGCUGUGAUGCAAGGGGCUCAAAGUCCCGGAGCAAAACAACGUCUCCUGCAGAGUAUGAAGAUGUUGCGGCAUAAAUCACUUGAUUACGGUGAGAGCUCGGAAAAGGAUUCGGAUAUUGCACUGCUGGCCCCAACAGUUUUACCGAAACCCGUGGAACGUUCGCUUCCACUAAAUGUGUUCGUUGCUCUUCAAAGUUAUCGACCCAAAGGGCCGGACGAACUUGAAUUAAGACCCGGUGACCGCAUAGUGGUAACGGACACAUCGCAACCUGACUGGUGGAAGGGAAAAGGUUUUGGUACCUCGGCAGGCUAUUUUCCCAGGGAAUGUGUCGCUCGUGUUAACCCCAAUGAAAAAGUCUGCGUUGUCACACAUGCGCUGCAGCUGAAUGAAAACGGGACGGUUCUUCGACUAUCAAAAGACGACAUUGUUAUGACCACAGGACCCGACGAAGCCGGCAUGGUUCCCAUCAGAUGUGGAGGAAAGAGAGCUUGCUGUCCCUUGAAAUAUUUGCAAAUGCUGGGCUAUUUCGAUAAUAAUCUACCGAAAACUUACGACUAGCAAUACCUCUGCGGCUACCCCGGAAAAAUGCCAAUAUUAUCACGGGCAUUGUAACAUGAUACGUAGCUAGCACUAAUUAGCUCAUGCUGUAUUUUCCUUUCCGCAUUCUGCAGCGUUUUAAGCUAGCGAAUAGCAACUGUACAGACAACGUAUAUUUUUCCUGCUAACGAUUUUAGAUGAUACUGACUAACAAAUACGGAAUUCUAGUUAUCCUGCCAAAUCCAGAUUAUAUCCCUUUCGUAUGUCAACUAUCUGCAAACCAUUGAUGUUGAUGCUGCAGGAAGUUCAGAUUUUUAUUGAUUCAUAUGUAUUACGGCUUAGUUUUUGUAUUAUUAAAACUUUCAGCACUA